AUGGACAAAUUCUCCAUCUUGAAUCAACCAUACCUCUCAUCAGUGAUCUUUAAAAUUCUUGUGGUUGCAGUUAUUUCACUAGUCAUUCUUGUCUUUAAACAACAUCACAAGUCAGAGAGUGAUGAAAACAACAAGACCUCUCAAGAAAGUGAUGAAAAGAAGACUAAUGACAACAACAAGACAAUUAAUGACAACAAGACAUGUCAAGACAGUGAUGAAAAGAAGACUAUUACUGAACAAAUUCAAGAAAGUGAUGAAAGGAAGACUAAUGAUGACGAAAAGACAUCUCAAGAGAGUGACAUUGCGUUAUCAUGUGAAAAUCAAUUGGACUCGACAACUCUUGAUGACUCAACAGAAAGAAUAAACGAGAAUAUCACCAUCACUGAACAAACUGUUCAAGAAUUUAAUCCUUCAACAAACUCAACAAUGAAUCCAUCAUGUAUUGUCUCAGAUCUGAGUGGCAACAAUAAUGUCAUGGACAGUGAUAACAACGAGAUUGUCACAACAACCACAGACUCACCUGUUCAAGAAAAUGUGAUGAUGACCACUUCUCAUGAAAUUGAUUCAACAACUAUUACUGACUUUAUCAUUAUUCCAGAGAGUGAUCAUGAGAAUGACAAUGUGAUCAAAGAUCAAACACUGCAAGAAAACCAUUCUCACUCUUUUACCAACUCAUCAACAAUAGAGAGUGUUAACGAGAGAAUGACCACAGACCAAGUUGCUCUUCAAGAAGAGAAUACUCCUCACAAUGAUAACUCUAAUGGAACAACCACGAACGUAGAUGUGACUUUAGAUUCAUCUGAACAUGAAAAUCAAGUGGAUUCAACAAGCUGUGCUCCUCAAAAACUGGUUGACCCAAUCCAUUCUUCAUCCAUUGACUGCAUCUUUAUUGCGCUCCACCAUCUCUCAGCUGGAGAAUGA